UUCAACUAAUGGCAAAUAAAUUUUGGCGCCUCUCAAUUCUGUUUCAUUCACUUAGAAAGUUAUUCUCGUGAGUUUUACAAUCAAUCAUGUCUGGUCGCGGUAAAGGAAAAGCAAAGGGCACCAAGUCCAAGAGCCGCUCAUCCCGAGCAGGGCUUCAGUUCCCAGUUGGUCGUAUCCAUCGUCUUCUUCGCAAAGGAAACUAUGCUGAGCGUGUUGGCGCCGGAGCUCCAGUGUACUUGGCUGCAGUUCUCGAGUAUUUGAGCGCUGAGAUCCUCGAGUUGGCGGGCAACGCUGCUCGUGACAACAAGAAAACAAGAAUCAUUCCCCGUCACCUUCAGUUGGCUGUCCGCAAUGACGAGGAGUUGAACAAACUGCUCGCCGGUGUCACCAUCGCACAGGGAGGUGUUCUUCCCAACAUCCAGGCUGUACUUCUGCCCAAAAAGACGGAGAAGAAACCCAAAGCUUAAAUAAGCUUUGACUCGCUAAAAAAACGGCUCCUUUAGGAGCCACCAAAUAUAACAAAAGUCUUUGACCAACAUGAAUACUAACAUACAAAAGAAACAUUUGUCAGCAAAAAUCGGCUCUACUUUCAAUUUUAGCUCCAAAGCCCCACACCAAC